AUGGCUCAAUGGCACACACUCCGGUACACUUCGGCCGCCGAGCCCAUCUCCAUUUGGCUGAGGUUCCUGGUACCUAUUCAGGCUAGUGACCGGGGUCCGACCACUGAACCGAGCCUUGACCACCGUGCCACUCGAGUGUUUGCUACUGUGUCUGUGCUAGACAAUCACCGUCUAUGCCAUACAUGGGAUCAUAAGAGUGUACUUGACUUCACGGGUGUGAAGUCCUACCGUGGUCUUGCUGUCGCACAAGCAGCUGAGAACAAGUAUCUGCAGGAAACAGGGAUCGCCACCCAAUAG